AUGACCUCUGCGGCGUCUGAAGCCCCGCCAGGGUAUGAGCUCGCCGUGAGCGAGGAGAUCUUCCGGGCUUCAACCUCGUCGGACGACAGUCUCCGGGAUAACCCCGCAAAGCCCGUCAACGUGAAGAACGGCGACAGCGACUCGGAUGACGACGAUCUGGUUGUGCAUGAGCACAGUGGCCUGCAGAGCGCAGGUUCCGGCAGUUCGCCGUAUCAACACCAACUGGGCGCGGCCAGCCGCACGCAUCUUGCUAGCGUCGGCGAGAAGAAGGCGCUCUUCAUUUCUUCGGCGCUCAUCUUUGUGCUCUUCUUCGCGUUCCUCUUCCACCUGGAAAAGUACAGCCUUCGCCUCGUGCUCGUUAUCGGCAUGAUCUCGUUCGGCGUCUUCCUCAUGGUGUUCAACACGACUGCCGUUUCGCUUCCGGGUAUCAUCAUGGUGUUCACCGCCUCCGCCCUCGGCGGUCUGCGAUGGGCGCUGACCGAGCUGAUCAUGCACAAGCGCGCCAUGGGCCUGAGCAAUCCGUUCGCAACCAUCUUCUGGCUGUCGCCGCUGAUGGCGGUCGGACUGUUCUUCGUCUCUGCUUUGGCGGAGGACUGGGCCGGCAUGUUCCGCCAGUUCUUCCACGGCAUCGAGGCGCUGAAGAACAUUGGCGUCAUUGCGCUGCCUGGCUUCAUCGCGUUUGGCAUGGUCGCGUCCGAGUAUUUCGUCCUGCAGCGCGCGGGUAUCGUCCCCCUCAGCGUCGCCGGUAUCUUCAAGGAGGUUUCGACGAUCUCGUUCUCGGCCUGGAUAUUUGGCGACGAGUUAACGCCGAUCAAUAUCGUCGGUGUCGUCGUAACAGUGUGUGGAAUCGCCCUCUUCUCGUACCACAAGUACCAGAAGAGCAUCAGCCAGACGGUCGAGAUUGACGAGACUGGUCGCGCGAUCACGCACGACGGCCUGGACGAUGAGCGCACGCCCCUCGCUCACGGUAACUACGAGACCGAGGAGCGCUCGAUGCGUACUGGCAGCACACCUGCCAGCCGACCCGAGAGCGUACGGUUACACACGCUUGCGCCGAGCACGGACGAUGAUGACGAGGACCGCGUGAACCGUAUGCGAGAUGACUUUGAGGGGUGGGACCACCCCGGAUCAGAAGACGAGUAUGAGCCAGACGACGACCUCGUCGAGGCCAUGCGGGAGAAUCGGGGCCGCUCCAAAUGGGCCGAAUGGUGGGACAAGCCAAUGUAG